UUGUGUAAAGCCUUCGAUUUGCAGGUUUUGUGUUGGAGAAAGCAAGAAAUACAGGAUGCAGAUAUUUGUGAAUACAUUGACGGGCAAGACCAUCACUCUGAGGGUGGAUAGCUCUGAUACCGUUGAUGAUGUGAGGGCGAAGAUCCAGGACAUAGAGGGAAUCCCUCCCGAUCAGCAACGCAUCUUGUUUGCCGGCAAAGAGCUCGAGCGACAUACCAUCACUGUGAAAGCGGAAAGCUCUGAUACCAUCGCUAAUGUGAAGGCGGAGAUCCAGGAGGAGGGGGGAAUCCCUCCCGAUCAGCACCGCCUCAUCUCUGAGGAAUCCACCUUUCACUUGGUUAUCCAAUCGUUGAGCGCAGGCGAGACCAUGACUCUGGAGGUGAAAAGCUCUGAUACCAUCGACAGUGUGAAAGAGAAGAUCCAGGAAUGGAAGGGAAUUCCUCCCGAUCAGCAGUGCCUCUUCUUUGUCAGCAAACGGUUUGAGAACAGUCAUACGCUUGCCAGUUACAACAUCAUCAGUGAUUCCGUUGUGCACCUGGUUCCCCGGUUAAGGGGAGGGGGAAGAAAAAGCAAGAAAUACAGUAUGCAGAUAUUUGUGAAGACGUUGACGAGCAAGACCAUCACUAUGAGGGUGGAUAGCAAUGAUACCAUCGAUGAUGUGAGGGCGAAGAUCCAGGACAUAGAGGGAAUCCCUCCCGAUCAGCACCGCCUCUUGUUUUUCGGCAAACAGCUCCAGGGGCCUACCAUCACCCACCGCCUCAUCUCUGAGGAAUCCACCUUUCACUUGGUUAUCCAAUCGUUGAGCGCAGACGAGACCAUGACUCUGGAGGUGAAAAGCUCUGAUACUAUCGACAGUGUGAAAGCGAAGAUCCAGGAAUGGGAGGGAACUCCUCCCGAUCAGCAGCGCCUCAUCUUUGUCAGCAAACGGUUUGAGAACAGUCAUACGCUUGCCAGUUACAACAUCAUCAAUGAUUCCGUUGUGCACCUGGUUCCCCGGUUAAGGGGAGGGGGAAGAGGCAGAGAAGGAGAAUUCGAAGCGUCAUUCUCCUUUGAGAAGAUUGAAAACGAGGAGACGAAAACCCAAGACAAGAAGAGCACUAACAAGGACGACUGCACUCUGGUUGAUCACAAGAGAAAGAGGAAGUCCACCUUUAAAUUCAACCUGCGCCUGCGUCUGCGUCUGCCCGGAUGGUUUGACAAAUGA